AUGCCUCCGUCCACAGUCUUCUCUUACUGGCGCAGGGAUCAUCGGCGCUCGACCGCACCUCCAGCGCCCCAGUCGCCAUCUUUGGGAUCUAGAAGUGCGACGGACAGCCCGAUUAGCCCGCCUCAGCUUCUUGGCAGUCAUGAUCCAUCCGUCUCGAAGCAGCCCUCUGUCGAUUCACAAGAGCGAUUGGAAGGGUCCUUGCGGCACAGUCAUUUUCAGGACGGAAGCGCGUUCAGGCCAACCACCACCGCCACCGCCUCAACCCUCCAAGAUUCAACGGCGCCUUCGUCAUCCUCCACUCCAAGCCCAGCUCGACAAACCCCUCCCUCGGCUGACAGUGACAAAGUGUCGGACGAAGCGGAGCUCGAGAAGAUCAUGAAAUCACAGUUGAACACGCUACCACUCCCGGUCCCCGACGCACGUUCCGAGCAUGGGGAUAGCGAGUCCAACUCGAAACCAAAUUCACCAUUCCGCAUGUCGUUUGCCAAGGGUCUGCGGAACUUGCAAGUCUCACCAGCGGACAUGCAUCGUCGAUCUCCGAGCGCGGGCCAAACCCCCUUCCGCCGGAAAAUGUCGCCCGAGGAUCCUUCCACGGAGAGGUCAUUCGUAUCCCAAGGAGACUCGAAGGCGGAACAUGCAGCCACAACAACAGCAACAGCAACGGUCCGGCAGGUUGGAGGAGGAGCAGGAGGAGACCGUGAAGGAUCAACGGAGCAAUCCCAUCACAAGUCUGGCAAAGCGAUGCUUCACUUGCUCAACCCAAUGGCACUUCUGGCGCGCCGAAGGUCUGCUCAAAUGGGUGGUUCUCGUGCGGAUGAUACGAAAAUAAGCGCCCCAGAUUCAAUCCCCGCGAUUCCGGACGACUACGAUCCGCGAAUUCGCGGGAAAAUCGUGCAUGACUUUUCAGCUCCGCGUCCACGCCGCAAUGUGUCGUGGAAUUCUGCGCUGGUAUCUGACGCAGGUAACGGUACGCGUAGUUCAGAGGACUAUCGCCGCAACGAGCAAACGCAGAGCAGCAAUUAUGACCAUUCGCCUGCGUUCAAGGAACAUUUUGAAGACGAGACGGCUGUACCCCAAGUAGAGAACACGGGUUACCUUCACUCAAGUUUGAUGACCGGAUCCACGCAGCCGUCCGACGGGGACAAGUCAAUACCGGUCUUUGCGCGGAAGUUACCUUCGGAAGUACCCGAACACUCUCCACUCGACGAGAAGGACGCGUCGCCGCUGCCCAGUAUAGUUGAAGACAAAAUCGACGUCACACAUACGAAGAAAUCCGUGAGAGUGGCUCCGCAGAACAUGACCACUCAGCAGCCAGAUCAUGAUGCGAUUCCACUGGCUCCUCAGGCAAAUGUUGGCCUGCCUCGCCACCUGAAAAGCAAUGCCUCUCGGUUCAGCUUUGAUAUGGGUGGCGUGGAAUCGUCUACGCAGGAAAAGUUACUCGAAGAGAAGCAUAAGGAGAAAGAAGCUCGGCGCAAGAUAGAAGAUGGCUAUUUCGAUGAUUUCGACGAUGAUUUCGACAACGAUCUAAUUGAUGACUUUGAUGGACUGGAGGAAAGGAUUCCCGGUGUCAACGCUGACGAUGAUGAGGAGGAAUACUAUUCCCGACCGUCCAUGAAUCAAUCAUGGGCUGCCCCCGGGCUCUCUCCAGUCAUUGCGAGUCCCACCGCACCCGUUCCACCCGGGGGGUUGGACAGUCAUCUUGAUUGCACAGUUGUCGAGUCGGACGAGGCAACCGCAACACUCAUCGACCCCGAGAGCCUUCAGGGCCAAGCAAAGAGUAGCGGCGAGCUAUACUCUAAUCAGCCACUCGUUGCCCCUCUGGGUGUCCCUACCGCAAAUGCAGGACAUCCUCCCGACCAAAUCAUUCCGACCAAUGAGAUUCAUCCAGCACCCGUUGACGACGACGACCUCUACUUUGAUGAUGGCGAGUUCGGAGACCUCAGUUUGAAUGCGCAAGACACGGGAUUUGACGAGUCUGUGUUUGACGAUGAGACUAGCCAUCUAUAUGCGAGAAAGCCUGUCAACGCAUCGUUCACGCAGCCCACACAAAUCCCAACCAGUACGAUCCCCGAGGACGAUACAACCGAAGAUCAACUUCUCCGUGAGGAGAGCGUGAGUGAGGGGCUCAAACACAUGAACAGCCUAGCUGGCGGAGCUGCUCACACCAAACGAGGCCCUCUGGGUGAGCCCAUUCCCAAUUUGGGGCCUAUCCGAACCCACGGGGGCGUACUCACGGAACAAAAUCUGGAGGUUCUUCACAAUGCUCUGGCCAUUGCUGCCAGCGAGGCCGCCAUUCGGGGGCGCUUCGACCACACAUUGAGUGUGAGUGAGCGUUCGGCGGCCCAAGAAAGCACAUCACAGACAUCGCACACUGCCGAGUCUCAGCCGGGAUUGAUGUCGGAUGAUAGUCGUUUGAGUCAGGGCGUAGACAUGGUCAGCUUCGAUGAUUUCCUCGACGAGAGAAUCUACGAUGAUGAUGACGACUACUACUACGAUGAUCCCAUCGUGGCCGCUGCCAACGCCGAAGCCCUCGAAAACGACGAUGAAGGCUUCUACGGGCAAGAAUUUGGCUUUUACGCGCAGGCCCAUGGAACGGAUGGGAGCGAAAUGACCAAUGGUGGAUACUUUGGACCUCGCGGCGUCGAAGGCCUCACACGCCGCCACAGCAGUCGCGGCAAGUUCCAAGAGCCAAGCCUGACCCCAAUCACCGAGCGUAGCGAGUGGAGCACCCGCAAUUCAGUCAUUUCAUUAAAGGCACACGGCGCGGCUUCUCAUGCCAAUGCAUCGAUGCCCAGUCCUGGUCUCGCACAGCUGGUGGAUCUAGGCUCUCUCGAUGAUGACCUGUCUCUUAGCGCCCUGAUGAAGCUCCGUCGCGGCGCCUGGGGUGGGAGCAACGGGAGUCUCCGCAGUGGCGCGGCCAGUCCGCAACCACAUACAUUGCCCUCGUCGACCCAUGGCAGUUUCACCGGGACCUCCGAGGUGAGUCCUUCAGAGGCUCGGACUUUGGCAGACGAGAAUACAGUCAUGCCAGCGCCGGUUCUCACGCACGACGGGGCGGUUGACGUCGAUAGCCUCGUCUCCCAGGGGCACAAUCUCCAGGACAGAUUUCCUAGUAAUAUUUGA